AUGGUUCAGGCAUGCCUUUAUUAGCUAAUAAAAGCUUCCGAAAACAGUUGUGUCUAUGUGAAGGAGAAUUGUAAUGACUAAGAAAUCUUCAAAUUUACCCAUUAUUAUUUCUGUCAACUCGAUGAAAAUUGGGUUAUAUUGAUCUUAAUAGCUCCACUCCUUUUUUUCUUCUUGUUCAACUUUUUAGCAAGAACUGUUGAUGACUAUUUGUCUCCAGCUGUGACUUUCAUUGCAGAAUACUUCAAAAUGUCUUAAACUUUUGCAGGGGUUACUCUAAUUGCCUUUGCAAAUGGUGUCCCAGACUUUUUCUGUGCAGUUUUGGCUUCCUAAGACGACGAUGGAAUCCUCAUCGCAGUUGGAAGCAUUUUUGGAAGUUGUUUAUGUAUGACCACUCUAGUUUUUGGAGCAGUGAUCCUAUUCUCAGGAAUAAUCAAAGCUUAAAAGGUGCCAUUUAUAAGAGAUAUUUUAUUUAAUGGAGUUGCCAUCUUUUUAUUGAUGGUUUUUGCAUUCAUUGGACAAAUCAACCAUUACAUGGCUAUAGGCUUUUGUUCACUAUAUUUAGUAUAUAUAGUAGUUGUCUUGGCAAAUGAGAAGACACUAAAGAAAAAGGAGCAAGAAGAUCGAAUAAACUCAGAGGAAGAUAGAAUGGAGCAAGAGAAGAAACAAUUGGUAUUACAUAUGGAGGAAGGAGAAAUUGGAAAUCAAGAUAUUUAAAAUGUUGAUGAGGAAAUUAAAAAAGAAUUGACAAAAUACAAUUCUGAAUAAUACAAAAUACCUUUUGAAGAGAUGUCUGUAAUUGCAAAGAUGAAAUAUAUUUAUACAACUUCUCUCGAUAUUGUUAGGAAAUUCACUAUUCCUGCAAGCAACCAAGAAAAGUAUGAUAAAACAUUCACAGCUAUGCAUUAACUCAUCUGUCCAAUUGUUAUGCUUGCUUUACUAGGAUCUCUCUCAAUGGAAGUUUACGGUAUUAAAUUAUGGAUAAUUUUGGAAAUUUUUGGAAUCCUUUUGUUUAUCUAUUAAUUAAUAUUUGAAAUUCCUAUCAUUAUAAUAUUAAUUGAAUGUGUUAUAUGUUCAAUUAUCUGGUGCAAAUCAGUGAUUUAAGUCUUGAUUGAUUUUAUCUUGUUAAUACAAACAAUUACUGGAGUCGGUUAUUCUUAUUUAGGAAUGACAUUUUUGGCAUUUGGAAAUUCUACUUGCGAUUUCUUUGUCAAUACUAAAUUGGCUUCAAUCGGUUAUGGAUUGAUGGCAAUGACAGGAUGUUUUUCAGGAACCAUUUUUAAUAUGUUAUGUGGAUUUGGAGGAGCUUUGGUUAGGUUGACUACUAUCAAGUCAUUUCCAGGAGUUAUCUCUUUUGAUCUAUUUAGAGAUGCGAAGAGUGACUCAUAAACAGAUAUUAUUAUUGCUAGAAUGAAUAAUUCAAUUGCUUAUUGCGUUCUUGUUUUUUCUUUGAUGAAUAUAAUAAUGACUUGCAUAGUAGUAAUAAAUAAGAAGUACAAACUGACAAAAAAUUUAGCAUAUUACUAUUUCUUUGUCUAUUUCCUGUUUUUUAUUUUCAUAACAACAUUAACAGUUGCAUUAAGUUCAAUUGUCAGCUAUUUAUAAGGAAAAUGA